CAAACCGAAAGCUUGCUAUUGCGCCUGCGCAUACUCACUGUGUCCUUCUGGCGCGGUAGAAGACUUGUCAGGGCUGAGCUUCUCUGUGUCAUCACUCCAGCGUCUCUCCUGACAGCAUUGCUCCUCUUGAACUUUGGGGCCGUUAUUAAAUGAAACAAGAAUUUCUUGAAUACAAGCACUGCAAUACUAUGACGAUGGAUCUGAUAAUGGAGAUGGCUACUAAGGGGACAAAGAAAAAGCGCACUUUGAAGGGAUCCAUUGAACUCUCCCGAAUCAAAUGCGUGGAGAUUGUAAAAAGUGACAUCAGCAUCCCAUGCCACUAUAAAUACCCAUUUCAGGUGGUGCAUGACAACUACCUCCUGUAUGUGUUUGCUCCAGACCGCGAGAGCCGGCAGCGCUGGGUGCUGGCCCUUAAAGAAGAAACAAGGAAUAAUAACAGUCUGGUAUCCAAGUAUCACCCUAAUUUCUGGAUGGAUGGAAGGUGGAGGUGCUGUUCUCAGAUGGAGAAGCUUGCAGCAGGGUGUGCGCACUAUGACCCAACCAAGAAUGCUUCAAAAAAGCCUCUUCCUCCUACUCCUGAAGACAACAGGCGAUCACUUCAGGAUCCUGAAGAGACCCUGGUCAUUGCCUUGUAUGACUACCAAACUAAUGAUCCUCAGGAGUUGGCUCUGCAGCGCAAUGAAGAGUACCUCCUGCUGGACAGUUCUGAGAUUCACUGGUGGAGAGUUCAAGACAGGAACGGGCAUGAAGGAUAUGUUCCAAGCAGUUAUCUGGUAGAAAAAUCUCCAAAUAACUUGGAAACCUAUGAGUGGUACAAUAAGAGCAUCAGUAGAGACAAAGCUGAAAAACUUCUCUUGGACACUGGCAAAGAGGGAGCCUUCAUGGUGCGAGAUUCCAGGACUCCAGGAACAUACACCGUAUCUGUUUUCACCAAGGCCAUUGUAAGUGAGAACAACCCCUGUAUAAAGCACUAUCACAUCAAAGAAACAAAUGACAACCCCAAGCGUUACUAUGUGGCUGAAAAGUAUGUGUUUGACUCCAUCCCUCUCCUCAUCAAUUAUCACCAGCAUAAUGGAGGAGGCCUGGUCACUCGACUCCGGUAUCCAGUUUGCUCCUGGAGGCAGAAAGCCCCGGUGACCGCAGGGCUAAGAUAUGGAAAAUGGGUGAUCCACCCCUCAGAGCUCACUUUCGUGCAAGAGAUUGGUAGUGGGCAGUUUGGCUUGGUUCACCUUGGCUACUGGCUCAACAAGGACAAGGUGGCUAUCAAAACCAUUCAGGAGGGGGCUAUGUCCGAAGAGGACUUCAUCGAGGAGGCUGAAGUCAUGAUGAAACUCUCUCACCCCAAACUGGUCCAGCUCUUUGGUGUAUGUCUGGAGCAGGCCCCUAUCUGCCUGGUGUUUGAGUUCAUGGAACAUGGCUGCCUAUCAGAUUACCUACGCAAUCAGCGGGGGCUCUUUGCAGCAGAGACCCUGCUGGGCAUGUGCCUGGACGUGUGUGAGGGCAUGGCCUACCUGGAAAAAGCAUGCGUCAUCCACAGAGAUCUGGCUGCCCGGAAUUGCUUGGUGGGAGAAAACCAAGUCAUCAAGGUGUCCGACUUUGGGAUGACAAGAUUUGUCCUUGAUGACCAGUACACUAGUUCCACAGGCACCAAGUUCCCCGUGAAGUGGGCAUCCCCAGAAGUGUUCUCUUUCAGCCGGUACAGCAGCAAGUCGGAUGUGUGGUCAUUCGGUGUGCUGAUGUGGGAGGUCUUCAGCGAGGGCAAAAUCCCAUACGAAAACCGAAGCAACUCGGAGGUGGUAGAAGACAUCAGUACCGGAUUUCGGUUGUAUAAGCCUCGACUUGCCUCCGCUCACAUCUACCAACUCAUGAAUCACUGCUGGAAAGAGAGACCGGAAGACCGACCAUCCUUCUCCAGACUGUUUGGACUACUGGCUGAAAUUGCAGAAUCAGGACUGCAAUAGAGACUCACGGCCACGCCAUGGACUGUGCAUCCCGAAAGGAGGAAGAAUGUCCUCCUUCCACAGAGCAUUAAAAGCUGCCACCAGUCCAGGACUCCCCAGAGGCAGCCUGCUCCUGAGCCCCUGAGAAUACAGCAUCCUGACAGAGGCCAGAGACCCAGGCACAGCCAGGUAGCUCAGCCACGGGCUGAGCGCAUAGAGCGAUGCCUCCACGCCCCUCUAGCCUUUCGUCACCCAGAGUGCACAAACGUCUAUCCGACAGCUUUCAGGAAAUGUUUCUGGCGCUUCUUGGCAGUAAGGAGAGGCAGAUGAAUGACCUGGGGUUCUUAUUUUUAUUAUUAAGCAUGGAUCUCACAUUUAUGGCUCAAGAGACUUUUUAUUUGACCUGUAAUAUCCCAGUGUCUGAGGACAAGGAGAAUAUGAAGCAUGGCCCCUUUUCUAAGAAAACCAGUGAGUCGGUGAAGGCCAGGAAGUGUUCUGUGGCUGGAACUCUGUCAGCCACAGCUUCCUGCCGCUGGUGAGCUGGAGCAGCUUCUCACACCAAAGCCCGGAUGUCUGGAGAAGCAGCUUUCUGAGGUUUCACCGAGGCCGCUGCCAUCUCUCUCUCUAUAAUGGAGUGUACUGAGCGCCAUUGGAUGAACUGGGCCAAUCCAUUAGCAUCCCUCCGUUGGACCAUCGGGCAGUUAAUGUCCAGACGAGAAUGUGGGAGAGUGGGAAACCCACAAGCACCGAAACAGAUCUUAAGUUCUUACUACUCUACGCCACACAAGUGACUGUGCCUCCUCCUCUGUGCAGAAUGUGGAGGAAAUAGCUACUUUGGACACCCAUCUUUCAAGCCUUUGGCAAAUUAGCCCCUUGUCUGCACUACCCCACCAAUAUCAACAGAGGGCAGCCUUGUGCUGGUCAGCUUGGCCCUGUGAAAGUCAUUUAGGCCUUCAGGGUUGGCAAUUUUAAAGUUGAGACUUCAAGGCUCUCAAACUUCCAGGAGAGGAGCAAGGAUUUUGUACUCACUUACACUGUCUGGAUGGAAACUGAGUCAACCACUUACCGGGCUACUUGCAAGUUGUACAAGGACGUCUGCUGUUCAUCAAGCACUUGCAGAAGCAAAGUGGAUAUAUACUGAGCCCAAGCUGUUCCUCCAGAAUCUCAGUUCAUUGUUUUCACAGCAUCCCCUUGAGAUAGUGUUAUUGUUCCCAUUUUGCAGAUUAUGAUCUGAGUCCUUAAAAAGCCAGGUUGCCUGCCCAAAGUGAUAGAACUGGGGGUUACAGAUCUAGUCCAAAUCUUUCUGGCAUGCAGAUUUUUAAAAAAUUCUUAUUCAACACUGCCUCCUACUGAAAAAGAAGAGAAUUGCAAAGGAUAUCCAUACAGCCGGGAAAGAUGCUGACAGCCAAUCAAAUCAAUAUGUGGGCUGGGGAUUUAGCUCAGUGGCACUGUGCCUGCUGGCAAGUGCAAGGUCCUGCGUUCAAUCCCCAGUACAGGAAGAAAAAGAAAAAAGAGAGAGAGAGAGAUCAAUCAAUAUAACAUGAUCAGUGAGUGAUGUUAUUUGUGCACAGACAGACCGUGAAGGUGAGCACACUAGGAACUUCACCUUCUUCAUCUUCAUCCUCACCUUGACCAUAGUUGCUGACUUCAGAGUUGUUCAGUUAAUUAACUUUAAUUCUCCCAACUCAUCAGUCAGUUUGCAUAAAGCCACAUACUGAUGAGCUUUAAAGCAGCUUUAAAAGAUUCUGCUGCAGAGGUGUACAUGUGUGCUGUACUUAUCAUUCGAACUGUGAGUGUUGUCUUCUUACAAGAGGAACUGACUUUCCUCUAGUGUUCAGAUAAACCUUAGAGAAAUUAUCAGAUAGUGGUGCAAUCACCUGCUUCUAAAUCCUGUGAUAUUUUGACCAGCUUGCAAUAUAGAUGUAUAACAUUUAACUGUAAUUAUUGUGAAACAGAGAGCCUUAAGAUAAAACAUCGUCCUGAAGAUGAUUUUACUCAAUUUAGCCACAGUCAUUCUUGUUUACUUUUCAGCAUUUUGUGCAUUCUUUUUAGGACCCUUAACUGGAGAUGAUUUCUGGGAUAUCCAGCCUAGAAGAAAAACAUCAGAAUUGACUGAUCUCUGUGGUUUGGUUCAGAAAAAUUUCCCCAGUAUAUUAUCUUUCUAAAGUUCAGAUUCAUGGGCCUCUACCCAAACAUGUGUUAAUUGCUCAUGCCCAGUGUUUGGUGCCACAAAAUGGGCUUCUUGCCUGAUGUUUUUUCCUCUCACAUUUUGAAAAUGGUGCCCUUUUCACGGAGAAUUCCUUUAUGCAAAGUCUUGUAGUUGCAUUUUGUAGAUCUUGUGUUUUGUACCUUUUGUGACUAUGUAUUUAUAUGAGGAUCAGGUGACUAUUUAUUAGUUUACAAUCACUGUUCAAAAUAGAAAGG